AUGGUGACAAAUGAUUAUGUGACGAUUGGGAAUGGAAAGAUGGAAGAUGAUUUUAUAAGAAGACAUCAUAAACAUGAUGUGAAAGAACAUCAGUGUAGUUCUUCUCUUGUUAAACACAUCAAAGCUCCUGUUCCUCUUGUGUGGUCUUUGGUGAGGAGAUUUGAUCAACCACAAAAGUAUAAGCCAUUCAUUAGCAGGUGCAUUGUGCAGGGUGAUCUUCAGAUUGGAAGUGUCAGAGAGGUGAAUGUUAAGUCUGGACUUCCAGCUACAACUAGUACUGAACGUUUGGAGCUAUUAGAUGAUGAGGAGCAUAUUUUUAGUAUGAAGAUUGUUGGUGGAGAUCAUAGACUUAAGAACUAUUCGUCAAUUGUUACUGUUCAUCCAGAGGUCAUUGAUGGCCGACCGGGUACAUUGGUGAUUGAGUCAUUUGUGGUGGAUGUGCCUGAUGGAAAUACCAAGGAUGAAACAUGUUAUUUUGUUGAGGCCCUGAUCAAGUGCAACCUGAAGUCACUAGCUGAUGUUUCAGAGCGUUUGGCUGUGCAAGGCCGGACAGAACCCAUUGACAGAAUUUAA